AUGUCAAGCACGAACGUCUACCUCGUCACGGGAGCCAACGGUUUCAUCGCGUCGCUUUUGGUCAAGCGACUGGUCGAAGAAGGUGCAUACGUCAAAGCCACUGUUCGACGCGCAACUUCGGGGGACCAGGUGAAGGACUCCAUUUCACAAGAUGCCAAGGGUAAGCUUGAGAUCUUCCUUACUCCGGACAUCACCGUCAAGGGAGCUUUCAAGACGGCACUCCAAGACGUGACGCAUGUCUUCCACACGGCGUCUCCCGUGCCUGGACCAGGAAUGACGGAUGCGAAGGACUUCCUGGACCCUGCACGUGCUGGGACUCUAGCGCUGCUUCAAGACGCGAGCGAGACGCCCACUGUCCAAAAAGUGGUCUACACCUCGAGCUCAGCUGCAAUUCUCGACCUUUCGCGCCUCAACACGGGUAACACACACACGGAGAAGGACUGGAACCCAAUUACAUACGAAGAUGCGCUCAAGAUCGGAGAGGGAUUGAAGUCGUCCAAUCCAGCCGAGGUGCAGCAGGCGGGCUUAGGCGUCUACUGCGCCAGCAAAAGGGUGGCCGAGGAAGCUGCGUGGGACUUCAUGAAGCAAAACAAAUCGGGUUUCGCCUUGGCUGCGGUCCACCCGACACUAGUGAUCGGUAAUCCCACUUUGGCUGGCGUAGGGAUCGAAGGUAGCAACGCGUUCUUGUGGAACUUCCUCACCACUCGACCCACCAAUGAUCUGGCCAGCAUCUCAGCCUACGUCGAUCUAGCUGACACUGUCGAAGGCCACAUUCAGGCGAUGAACAAGGACGAGGCCAAUGGUGGAAGGUUCUUGCUGACCGCGGGGUCUCCUUUGAUUUACGAGGUGAUCCGCUGGGCCAAGGACAGACAGCCGAUUUUACCGUUUGACGCGGUUGGAAAGCCAGAGAAUGAGGAGGAUGUGAGGAGCAAGAUGACGAAAUUAGAUAAUUCCCAGUCGAACAAGGUGCUAGGGAUCAAAUAUCGGAGCGUCAAGGAGAGCGUCGAGGCAUUUGCUGAUUGGGUGGUCGAGAGCGGUGUAGCCAAGGCUUAG